AUGACCAGCUACGGCACAAUCCCAACCUCUUCUUCACCUUCCACAAACCUCGACUUCAUCUCACGCGCCAAGCACCGUGUCAAGGAGGGUCUCGCCACGCGCCGUCCAUGGAAGCUCAUGUUCAACCUCGGUUCCUUCGGCCUCCCCGCCGGUUUCUCCGACGCCGUGGGGCGCGUGCGGGAGAACGUCAGCUUCUUCCAGAUGAAUUACGCCAUCGUCGUGCUCAUCGUCCUCUUCCUCAGUCUCCUCUGGCACCCAAUCUCGCUGAUCGUCUUCGUCGUGCUGAUGGCGGCGUGGCUCUUCCUCUACUUCCUCCGCGACGAGCCGCUCUUCAUCUUUGGCCGGAUGAUUAGCGACCGCGUCGUGCUCGUCGUCAUGGCGGUGCUGACCAUCGCGCUCCUCCUCCUCACCGGCGCCAUCCCCAACAUCCUGGUGGCGCUCCUCAUCGGAGCCGUCUUGGUGGUGGCGCACGCCGCCUUCAGAAGAACCGAUGAUUUGUUCUACGAUGAAGAAGAGGCCACUGCUCGCUUCGUUCCUCCUCCUCCUCCUCCUCAUUCCGGUGCCCCUCUUUCUUGA